AUUGAUACACGCGCGGCUGCGCCCAUCAAAAGGGAGAAGAAUAUUUGAUCAGACGAUCAUGCUAUGGCCUCGACUCCAAGUUUAUGAUGAUCCUCUCACUUUGCGCUGUCCUCUUCGGCGUUCCGUUUGUUCGUGCUUCAGUAGUUCUACUCUCAGGUCUCAACGAUACAUGUAUCCAUCCAUUCGUUUACAACAACUGGCAACCCCGCGAUGCUAGAACCUUGUGGAUGAUUAUGUCGAGCUGUGGCUUAACUUUGUUUGCGUGCACAUGGACUGCCGUCCCUCCGGACAUUCCGCGUAUGGGUGAUGGGGCACUUGUUAUUGUCAUUCGUCGUCUACUCCUUAUGUUCAUUGCGUAUUUCGCCCCCGAACUCAUGGCCGCUUGGGCCGCAUGGCAACUCAUGUGUGCUCGUCAGGUUGCCAAGGACUUCAAUGAUGUCUUGGGUGCGCAACGCGCUCAGCUCCACAGCGACCGUGAAGCCGUGCAGCAGAGCAGCUCGGCAGUCGUGUUACCUGAUAACAUCUCAAAUUCAAGCGAGGGGUCAAAUGCAGGUCUGUUACUCAGACUCCUCAGUCAGACCGAAAUCAACGUAAAACUGAUGGCUUGACAGGGUGGACAGAGACGCACGGGUUCUUCGCCGGGAUGGGUGGAUUCGUGCUCUACGUCAAUAAUAAACCAUGGGCCACUCUCACACCCGAUGAACUCCUCCGGUUUGUUCGCG